AUGAGUGAUGAUGACCUUGAUUGGGAGCAGCCACUUCAACUCUCCUCAAUCAUAGCCCUUGCCAAUUUAUUAUCCAUUGGAACCAAAUGUACUAUACCAAUUAGUUCAUCGAUAUCACCUGGUGAGGUGCUUGGGAUUGCAAGGGACACGAAUAACAAAUCGUGUAGACUUCAAUCAUUGCGAUUGUUGGCCAACUUAUCAGUGUUUGAUAACAAUGAUGAGAACCUACUAUAUAGCAAAAUUGGUGAUGAAGGAUUGAUCAGUCUGAUCAAUCUAUUUGAGAGAGCAGACCUCUACACCAGCCGGAAUAUCAUUCGAUGUCUAGGUCACAUGUCCAAAGAUAAGAAUGUUGCAGACCUCUUGUUGAAUGAUGAGGUCUGGGACAAGUUCAUCGUGGUCUCUGAGAUCAAUGACAUUGAGAUACAAAGACGACUUUCCAGAACAAUUGCCAAUGCUGCCUUCAACAACAGCGAACGAUUAGUUGAGAAGACAGAGGUUCAGACAUUGUUGGCCAAGUGGAUAAAAUCUAGCGAUGAUUAUAUACGCUCCAACUCGAUAAGGGCACGUGUAUCUCUAGCCACAUCUAACCAGAAGACACCAAAGUAUGCCGAGGGUAUUUACCUGCUGCAUCCAACGAAUGCCAGCUCUGACUUUGACUUUGACCUGAUAUUCAUUCAUGGCGUCAAUGGACAUCCCUUCACAACAUGGGCCAACACGCCGGUGGCACCAGACUCCACGCCGCUGCCCGAAGCGGCAAUCGAUGAGUCCAAGCUCGUAUGCUGGCCCAAGGACUGGAUCCCACAAGAUUUCCCCAAGGCCCGUGUGAUCACAGUUGGAUACGACAUAUUCCUCUCGUCCUGGGGCGGUGGCAACGCCACACCCUUGCAUGAUCAGAGCCAAGAGAUCCUGGAGAAUCUCAAGCUGGCGGGCGUUGGCUCGCGGCCAUUCAUGUUUGUCACACACAGCUUUGGCGGGCUGGUCGCCAAGCAGAUGCUCAAACUGGCGUCCCAGUCACCAGCGCACUAUAGUGACAUAUCAAAGAACUGUCGCGCAGUGGUGUUCUACGCCACGCCACACUAUGGUGCACGUCUUGCCGAGUACGCCUAUACACUGGAGAAGGUGUUGCGCACCACCAGCGCCAUCUACGAUCUGUUGCCGAGCAGCCAGCACGUCGAUCGUCUCACACGCCUCUUCCCCAAGUUUGCGCCCAACGUCGCCACCAUGUGCUUUGGCGAAACUGAAGAGACAUGUGUACUGAAGAACAUCUGUCUGGUGAUUGUCGAUGAGGCCAGUGCCAAUCCCAAGUUCUCAGGUGCCACUCACUCAUUCAAACUACUCAAAGCCAAUCAUCGUGGAGUAUGCAAACCAUACGAUCGCAAUGAUGAGAAGUAUCAACUGGUUCGUGAUUUUAUCAACAGUGUCAUCUAUGGUUCAUCAUCAUCGAACUCCUCCUCAUCAUCAAGGUUACAGCAUCACAUUGAUAGUCAUCAUCAUCAGCAUCAACGUGUUGUCAUUGAUUGA